AACAGACAAAGCAUCAAUAAGAAGUCUCGAUCUGGUUGCGUGGGUUUGCAGCAGCAAAGGAAGGUGAAGCUCCAUCGUUUCGCGUCGUUACUAGCGUUAAGGAAAGAGGGAGAGAAUGUCGGGUGUGACGAACCAGGAAGAAGAUAAGAAGCCCAACGAUCAGGCUGCUCAUAUCAAUCUCAAGGUCAAGGGCCAGGAUGGAAAUGAAGUGUUCUUUAGGAUCAAGAGAAGCACUCAAUUGCGGAAGCUCAUGAACGCGUACUGUGAUCGCCAAUCAGUGGAGAUCAAUUCAAUUGCCUUUUUGUUUGAUGGUCGUCGUCUCCGGGGAGAGCAGACUCCUGAUGAGCUGGAAAUGGAAGAUGGGGAUGAGAUUGAUGCGAUGCUGCACCAGACGGGCGGUGCAACAACAGCCAUAGUAACUGGUUAGGUGGUUUUUGUAUGUAAAAAGAAUAGUUCAAGAACUUUAAUUUAGAUCGUCCAGGACUAAGUUCCUGGAAUAGUAACAUAGAUACCAUGGAUCGUUAUCUCUUGAAGUAUGUUCUAACUUCCUACUAUGGUACUGCCUUUAUGUCUUGGACUAGAAACUGCUCAUACUAUUAAGGAAAUUUCAAAAUCCUGAA